CGUGCGCCGCGCGCGCUCCUCAACACAGGAAGUGCUGAUCUGUAACCAGAGCCGUCCGUCCUUUCAUCCAUCCACCCUCCACUUCCACAGGUCCCGCAUUCCACAGGUGUCGUCGGUUCUGGUUCCCAUGAGUUUCAGGAGGAAGGACAGCGGCUCCGUGGAGCUGGAGGACGGCGUCUCUAACCCGGCGUUCCAGGAUGCAGACGUCACCGACUCCCCGCCGGACGCCCCGAAGGAGCCGGACUCGGUGUACACGCAGGUGAAGCCGUACGCGGGGAUGCCCAAGGAGGUGCUGCUGCUGUACUCCUCCCAGGCCCGGUACCGAGUGCCCAGAGAGAUCCUGUUCUGGCUGACGGUGAGCUGCACGCUGGCGCUGGUGGCCGUCACCGUCACCAUCAUCGCGCUGUCGCCGCCGUGCCUGGGCUGGUGGCAGAUCUCCCCGGUGUACCAGGUCUACCCGCGCUCCUUCAAGGACUCGGACGGGGACGGGGUGGGAGACCUGAAAGGGAUUAAGGAGAAGCUGGAUCACUUUCACAACCUGAACAUCAAGUCCAUCUGGAUCAGCCCCUUCUACCGCUCUCCUAUGAAAGACUUUGGCUACGAUGUGGAGGAUUUCCGAGAUGUCGACCCCCUCUUUGGAACCAUGGAGGACUUUGAGGAGCUUCUGGCAGAAAUGCACAAGAAUGGUUUGAAGCUGAUUAUGGACUUCAUUCCCAAUCAUUCCAGCGACCGUCACCGCUGGUUCAACUUGAGUCGGAUCCGAGAUCCGGUGUAUGAGGACUACUAUGUCUGGGCUGACUGCAAUGCAACAAAAAAGCCUAAUAACUGGGUGAGCAUUUUUGGAAACUCAUCAUGGACCUAUGAUGAAGUCAGAGGACAAUGUUACCUUCACCAGUUCCUCAAGGAGCAGCCAGACCUGAACAUGAGGAACCCGGCGGUCCGCAAGGAGAUCAUUGAUAUUAUUCACUUUUGGCUCUCGAAAGGUGUGGAUGGUUUCCGGAUGGAUGCGGUGAAGCACAUGCUGGAGGCGACACACUUGCGGGACGAGCCACAGGUGGACCCCAACAAACCGCCGGAGGAAGUAACGACAGAGUGGGACCUUUUCCAUGAUUACACCACGAGUCAGGUUGGCUUGCAUAAUAUCCUGCAGGAGUUUAGGGCUGAGAUGGAAUCCUACAGCCGUGAACCUGGAAAAUACAGGUUCAUGGUGACGGAGUCGUAUGAUUAUGAAGAGGUGGAGAAGACCAUGAUGUACUACGGGACCCCCCUGGUCAAAGAAAGUGACUUCCCCUUUAACUUCUACUUGCUGGACUUGCCUCAGAACACCAGCGGCUUGUGGGCCAAACAUCUAGUUGAUCUGUGGAUGUCCAACAUGCCCAGAGGAAAAUGGCCCAACUGGGUGGUGGGGAAUCAUGACAAAAGCAGAAUUGCGUCCAGUGUUGGUAAGACGUACGUGCGCGUCAUCAACAUGCUGCUGCUGACCCUCCCCGGCACCCCCACCACCUAUUACGGGGAAGAGAUCGGCAUGGAGAACAUCAACAUCACAGCAGACCAGGUCCAGGACCCCUUUGGUAAAUACAACCUGAGUAACAGUCGGGACCCGCAGCGCUCCCCCAUGCAGUGGAACGGUGACAUGAAUGCAGGCUUCAAUAAUCAGACCAACGUCACGUGGCUUCCUGUACAUCCAGAUUACAAAAGUGUCAAUGUGGAGGUCCAGAAGGACAGCGAAGGAUCCACGAUGUUUCAGUACAACUUCCUGAACAGCCUGCGGCAGUCGGAGCUCCCCUUCUUACGCGGCUGGUUCUGCUACGUCCGAGCCAACGCCGACGUCUUCUCGUACCUGCGAGAGCUGGACGGUCUGAAAGAGGCGUACCUCAUGGUGCUGAACUUUGGCAAACAAGCCUCCACGACGGACUUCUCCUCCGUCCAGGACCUGCCGGACCAGCUGCAGGUGCUGAUGAGCACCAACCCCGCCAACAGCGGGAAAGUCUUUCAGAAGUCCGGCGUCCCGACAGAACCCGGAGAGGGUUUGGUGAUCCGGUACUCCACCUACACUCGCUUUCAUCCCAGCCACUCCUCGGAAUGCUACGUCUCUGAGAAAGCCUGCUUGCUGGAGACGGUUGGCGUUCUUUAUAAAUGCUAAAAUAAUUAGUUAUUCUCAAACAUGAUUCAGAUCCACAACGAUGAAUAAAGUUGCUCAAGCAUUUCCUGCUGA